AUGCUGAGGUUUUACACUGAGGUACUGGGCAUGCACGUGCUCGGCUACGGCUUCACGCCUGCAGUGCAGAGCGCGACGGAAUCCUCCCGAGCGAGUGGCGCCGCGCCGGACCAGGCGGCGUCGCCGCGCUCCACGGCGGUCCAGGAGGUCCAGGGCAACGGCGUGGCCGUCUCCCAGAAGAACCAAGACUCCACAGACGCGUUGGCGCCUCAGCGUCCACCUCAGCUCGGCGCUGAACGCACUACGAGUACAUGGGCAGACGCCGGACCCGACGACAGCACGUGGCGACUGGACAGUGCGGGAUUUGCCGCCUUUGGAACUGCCGAGGAAGAGCCUAGGACGGCGUCUCGAACGUCCGCCUCCGGCCGGCGGCGAGACCCGUCAAACCGCGAGACUGUCGAGGAACUGAUUGCUCGGCACCGAAGGGAGACUUCUCUCCACCCCCCGCACAUCUCGAUCGCGAAGCAGGAGGGCGGUAAGGGCGCAACGACUGCAGCUGCGCUAAGGCGUGCGGCGGAGGAAGCGGAGAAUGUCGGACCAAAGACAAUCGUUUUGCUCGGUUACCCAACUGCCGGAGCUGUUUCCGACCUCGACACCUUAAAGAUCGAGCUCGUCUACGUCCCCCAAGUGGCAGAGCUUCUGGAGCGACUUGAUGCUGGAGUUCAGACAGAGGACGAGACCGAGGCGAAAAAAUUUCUUCACGUUCUCAAGCAGCAUAUGAUGGGUCUGUCCAAAGAUCUUCCAACAAUCAACCGCGCCCGGGAAUUCGAGCGUCGGCGGAAUCGUCAUGACCGAGGGUUUCACGGCUUUCUUGGCAUUACUGUGGGCCUUCCGUCCCUCGCCGCCAUAACGCAUGAGGCAGUCGAAGCCAGGGGAGGAAGACUUUUCCAGAUCCCUGCCAGAAGGAAAAUCGUCCCUUCCAUGAUUCCUGAUGAACACGCACGGAAGGACAUUUGGGUGAGGUGCGCGUAUCUCCUCGACCCUGAAGGGAACGGAGUCGAACUCUUUGAGGCUGGGAACGAGAGCUCCGUGGGUCUGGAUCCUGCCGCCGUGAUGCAAGAGCACCAGAACCUCCGAUCUUGGGAGGCGUACAUGCAUGACCAAGAGAGAGACGUGAGGAUUCAGGAGGUCAAGCGCCAAAUUGUCCUUCUAAAGGAGCGGAUCGCGAAGCAAGGAGAGCACUCCGCCCCGGCUCAGACACUUGACAGAAGGGACGACGCGCAUGCACACAGCCGGGCGACGGCGGCGGCUUCCCAGACUUCCGACACAGAAAAUAACGCCAAGGAAGACGCACGUACCCCAGACGAGGCUCAAGCGAACAAAGCUCCUGAGGAGCCAGAGAAGGGAGUAGACAGUCUUGAUGCGGGCGAGGCUGAAGCGCUGCGGAAAGCCUUGAAUAUUAAGCCGAUAGGCACCCCAAAGACUCCUCGAGAGCAGUUGGAGAUUCUCGAAGAUGCUCUCGAGGAUAUGGAGGCGCAAGAGGCAGCACGGCCUCGCCAACCGUGUGUUCAACUCCCGACCUCAUCAGGGCCUUUUCUUCAGAAGGCAAGUCGAUGCUUGUGUCACAUUCGUUCGCCUGCUGGCAUGGUCGUUUUGCCUGCCAGCGUUCGAGCUUACACGUCGCGCAUCUUGUUCGCCGAUCAGUUCUACUGCAAUCAAAUGAGGAUGAAGGCUGUGAGGUACAAGAGUCAUCUGUUCGAGCGCCUGUACCCUUGGAGUCGUUUCGCUGGGGUUAGCAAAACUUUCGGAUGCCCGGAGGCCUUUGCUGCGGCCGCUAAGGCAGCGGCGGCUAGUCCUGCAGCGCAACAGGCUGAGGAGGCGGGCAUUGAGGAACUGGCGUCGAUGGAGAAGUUUGCGCAGGGCGGGGACAACAUGUCCCUCCCGGCCGAGUGGGAAAGCGAGAGUUCGACGGAGCCGGCCGAGGCUGCGAGAAAAGUAUAUGUGACGGAAGCUGCUGAACGACAGACUCCUCAGCUGGAGCUUAUCUACGCUUUCGACGAGGACUUGAUUCGUAUUCAUCCUUGCUUUGGCUACCUCGCGGUGGGGGUCGGCGACGUACCGAGAGCAGUGGCAACUUUUCAGGCCAACGCUCCGAAACGGAAAACAAAGAACGCGCUGAAUGAUGAUGAAGAUGAAGAAGAUGAAGAUGGCGACGCAACCGAGACCAAAGAAGCUAGAUGCAGCCCCGGCGCAGGAAGCAGCUGUGAGACGGCAACCACACAGACUUCUCCAGAGCAUGAAUGCGCCUCAACCCCACAAGCAGAAGAGAUUGCAGAGGCAAUCAGGGGAAAGUUGAAAGAAGCCGGGUUUUCGUUGGACCAUGCCAUGGUCGAGGAUAGAGACGGAUAUCCUAUUUUGCUUAUGAGCAUGGAGCGUGCUCAGCAGUAUUACGCCGACCUUCACCGUAGUCUUCGUCAACACCGCGCAGCCUUGACCGAGAGCACGGACCGCCACGAGUAG